CUCCAAGAUUCUUCGCCAAGGAUCUAGCCUUUGCUCUAAAUUCCUAGCCCGCAUACUAGGCAGACUAUAUUCGUAAGUUCCUAUGCAGUACGUAAAUAGGUACUUAAGCCGAGGUCCAAUCCGAAAAACCCAAUUCCUGUUUCUUCUCUGCAAUGAAAAUUUCUCGCUGAACUAAGUACGUACACGAAGGCUCAGAAACAUGUCUGACAAUCCCAAAACUAUGAAAGCUUGGGUCUACACCUCUGCCGCCGGGGGCGUCGAGAAGAAUCUCAAGCUCGUCUCCGAUGCAUCGGCCCCAUUCCCCGAAGCUCUGCCAAAAGACGUCGUCCUCGUGAAGGUGCACUCCAGCUCCCUCAACCCUGUGGACUACAAGUUACCGGAGCUCGGCCUCCUAUCCCGCCUCAUCGUCUGCACGCCCGCCUCCCCAGGCCUCGAUUUCGCAGGUGUUGUGGCCGCGGUGGGUUCUGCGGUGACCGGCUACAGCGCCGGUGACAAGGUAUUUGGGAGAAUUGAGCCGAACAAGUAUGGUACGCUGGGCGAGUACGUGCCUGCGAAGGCCGAAGGCAUAGCGCUCGUACCGGAGGGCGUGUCCCUCGAGGACGCGAGCACGAUAGGGACGGCUGGGCUGACGGCUUUUCAAUGCAUCGUACCCAACGUCAAGGCCGGGGACAAGGUAUUCAUCAACGGUGGUAGUGGCGGGACCGGGUCAUUCGGGAUCCAGUUUGCGAAGGCGGUCGGGUGCCACGUGACGACGAGCUGCUCGGCGAAGAACGAGGAACUAGUUCGCAAGCUUGGGGCUGAUGAGGUCAUUGACUACACGAAGGAGAACGUGAGCGAAGCCCUAAAGGCGAAGGGACAGGUUUUCAAGCUAGCGGUCGACAACAUCGGAAGUACACCUGCGGAUCUGUACAAGGCGGCCGAUCAUUACCUACUUCCUGAAGGCAAAUUCAUGCAAGUCACCGUUGAGAUGUCAUUAGGUGGCGUGGCGAAUGUAACAUCGAGACAAUUGCGGCCUUCAUUUCUGGGAGGAGGAAAGAGAAAGUUGGAAUUUUACAUUACGAAGAACAGUCAUAAGGAUCUUGAGCAGAUCGCAAAAUGGUUCGAGGAAGGCAAAGUGAAGGCGGUGAUUGACGAAGUGUUCCAACACGAGGAUGCGCCGAAGGCAUUUGAGAAAUUGAAGACGGGGCGUGUAAAGGGCAAGGUCGUAAUCCGUGGUUCUGCAUGAGCUAGGAGACUAGCAAGGACCGGUGACGAUAUUUCAGUAUCUACCUACCUAGGUAGGUAUUCUCGUCAAAUUACUAAAGUCCUCACAACUAUUUCUGUUAAAUACCUGAUAGCAUAUACC